AUGCCCGGCGGUCUCAGCCGGCUAAUGGACAAGGGCAGACACCACUUCAACAAGACCCUGAGUCCAACCGACGAUGCGUACCUCUCUUACCACGAUAUAAGGUUGAUGCGAACGGAUGUCGAGAGCAUCAAGGAUGACUGGCUCACGGACAAUGCUAUUGCAUUCUGGCAAGAAUACCUCGAGCGCGAAGACCUGAAAGCCUUUCCCAAAGCCUGCAUCGUACUCCUCCGCCCGUCCAUGAGCUUCAUGCUCAUGAAUACACCCGAGCCGCUCUCCCUCAAAGAAGCCCUUCCGAACUUCAGCACCACCACGCACGUCUUCCUGCCAAUAAACGACAACGCCGACGUGACAGCCGCAGAAGGCGGGUCACACUGGUCACUACUGCUCGUCUCUGUUAUCGACGGUGUAGCGUUCCACUACGAUUCCAUGUCUGCGUCCAACGACCGAGAAGCACGGAGCACAACGAUGAAGAUGGAACAACUGCUUGGAAAGAGGCUGCGCUUCAUACCAAUGCACGACUCACCGCAGCAGGAAAACGGCAGCGAUUGCGGCGUCUUUGUGUGCGUGCUGAUGAAGCAUCUCCUGCUUAAGAGGCUAUUGAGGGCAGAUGCAAGCCGAAAGAUCAGCAUGAGCAUGAAGGACGCACACAUCAACGCACGCGAUGGGCGUAAGCAGAUGCUGAAGGUCAUUGAGGAGAGGAAGAAGGAAGGCGAGAGAAGGCGGUCACGCAGUCACUCGCCGUACAGACCGCAUUCGGCGCAGUCCAAGAGUCCACCUCGCAUCGGCGCGGAGCAGGAAGAGGAGAAGCAGCACUGA